AUGGAUCUAAUAACCCACCAACUUCCUUCUACUUCCGCCUUUAUCAAGACACAGAUUUGCUGCACUAUCUGUUUCAUCUUCAUCUUGAUCUCUUCCAUAAUCGUUUUGAACCUUGGGAGCUCUUCAAAGUCCAUCCCUUUUUUCCGUUUCGAUCAUUUCUUCCCUCGGAAACCAAUACCGAAUCAUUAUAAACAACCCUGUGAUUAUUCCUACGGCCAAUGGGUUCGGGUCAAUGACAAAUAUAAGGUUCAGCUGUACGACGAAAACUGCUCGUUUCUCGAUCCCGGUUUUCGGUGUCGUCAGAAUGGAAGAAAAAACAUCGAUUAUCUUAAAUGGAGAUGGCAACCCCAUGGCUGUUAUGUUCCUAGAUUCAAUGCCACCGAUUUCUUGGAACGGAGUCGAAACGGACGGAUAGUGUUUGCAGGUGAUUUGGUGGGAAGAAACCAAUGGGAAUCCCUGCUUUGCAUGUUAGCUCAAGUAGUUUCAAACAAAUCUACAAUCUUCGAACAAAACGGGAACCCCAUAACCAAACACAAGGGCUUUCUUUCAAUCAAGUUCCAUGACUACAACCUCACCAUCGAAUACUACAGAACACCUUUCAUAGCGUUCCUCGCUCGCCGCCCGAUAACUGUCCCGACUCAAGUCAAGGUAAUCGUUAAGGUAGACCAGUUGCAUUGGCGUUCCAAACAAUGGAAAGGAGCCAAUGUCAUAGUUUUCAAUACAGGCCACUGGUGGAACAAAGAGAAAAUUGCUAAGAUGGGGUGCUAUUUUCAGGAAGGUAGGACACUGAAUAUGACAAUGGAUGUAAUGGAAGGUUUUAAAAGUUUUCUCAAAACAUUGAUUUCAUGGAUAACCAACAACAUUGAUCCACAAAAAAGCCAUGUUUUUUUCCGGAACCAUUCUCCAGUUCAUUACGUGAAUGGCACAUGGGAUGGUGGUGGAGUUUGUGAUGCAGAAACAGAACCAGAAAAGGAGCACAAGAAGCUUAAACCCGAGUCAUUGAAUAAUCAAUAUAUUGCUAAUAUAACCAAAGUAAUGAGCAAUGGCAAUUCGAAGAUCCGAUUGUUAAACAUUUCGUAUCUGACCGGGUUCAGGAAAGAUGGUCACCCUUCAAAGUACCGUGAACCAGGGACCUCAAGAUUGCAGCCAUUGGUGUCUGCCAGGUAUACCAGACACAUGGAACCCGAUUCUUUAUGCUCAAUUACUUUCAAUGGAAUUUAG